UUCAUGUUAGGUUCGCUAUGAGUAUGAGAGGCAGGAAGACCCACUGGGAAGUGCUGGAGGGGCGCUUGUUACCUGUGAAAGAUGUCGCUUUGACAGAAGACAAUGACGAGCCGGAGGAAGAAGAUGAGAAGGGAGAAGAAGUUGACUUCUUGGACGCAGAGGAGAUCCUGUCUGAUGGUGUCACUGCGAAAUCAGAAUCGCUUCGGAGCAGUAAAGUGAUUAUUAAAGAUGAACUAUCACGUGAACAUCAUGUAACUGGAUUUUUUCCGUUUGUGGAUCCUUGGUGGUCUGUACGUGUUGAGGUGAAACGUAUUGGAUCUCAGUGCUUUGCAAGGGGUUACCCAUCCUAUGCACUUAUAAGAGGUGACCUGUCUGGAGAAAAGACUGGAAUACUAUCAAUAUUUCUUACAAAAUGUUGUCUACCAGAUGAGAGAAAGCAAGACUUUAUAGAUUGGCUACCGAAUACUCCAGUGACUUUUGAAAAUUUACAAACUUUAGCAGAAGAAUAUACAGAGGAAGAUCCUCAUCAUUUUAACUUACUGCCGUACAUACAGCACUCAGGAGGUCUAGCAAUAGAAGAUGUAGAUCUAGAAGUAGAAAUAGGAAUAGAGGUAGAGGGGGCAAUCAUCAAAACAACACCGACACUUCUCAGAACAAUGUUGGAUGUGAACAAGCUUAUCAGGAAUUUAACCUUGAGAAAGCAUUUUCAAGGGGAUACGACAAUGGCACAGGACCAUCUCGAUGUUCACAUACAGCAAGGUUCAGAAAAUCUGAGGUUUGUUGAUUUUUCAGAGGCAUGUGAUGUUAUUUCACUUCAACACUUGGGAAGACAAGGAGAAGUCUCAGAUCCUUCUAAUAACAUAUCAAGUUUCAGUGGUUUUAAAAAACUAUCUGUUUUUUAUCCCAUACAAUCUAGAGGUACUAUACUUGAAACUUUUUUCAAGAGAGUAGAGAAUGAUCUUACUCUACUCGCCUCUAGAACUGAGACUAGUGGCGAAUUUAAAACUAAGUCUAAUCUUACGGUCACUGAAAGAAAAGCCAUCUCUGAUUUACAGAAGAAUAACAACAUAGUGAUACGCACAGCUGAUAAGGGAGGUGCGGUAGUUGUUCUAGAUAGGGAAGUCUAUAUCUAUGAAGCACACAGACAGCUGCAUGACACAGACAAUUACCUUGAGUUAGACAGGGAUCCCACACUAAGUUUCCAAAGGGACUUGAGAAGACUUUUGGAUGAUGGUUUGGAGGAUGGGCACUUUGACUCCGCUACUUUUGAGUAUUUGUAUGUCGAAUGCCCAGUUGUGCCCAUCUUCCACCAUCUUCCAAAGGUCCAUAAAACAUUGACAGAGGUCAAGGGUCGACCAAUUAUAAGCGGAAUUGGGUCUAUCUUUGAACAUCUAUCACAAUGGCGGUAUAUCGAUGAUCUCCUUUUUGUGUGGUGUGGAUCGCCCACAGACCUUAUUGACUUUGUUAACAGGCUAAAUGACAAUGAUGCAGGCCUCAAAUUCACAUUUGAAAAACAUCAUACAGAGAUUAAUUUUUUGGAUCUCACCCUUAAAGCUGAUAGGUCAGGUCCUGGUCCCCUUGUUAUGAAAGCUUUAGAAUUUCCUCUGGUUUAUGAAUUCUUGCCAAAGUUGUUACCACGUCGUGUCAGAAGUCUUCUACAGACUAGAGGAAUGGAAGAGAAAGAUUCUCAAGAGUGCACAAAAUCUAAUCCCCUUGAUAGGAUACCACUGAUCGAGAACAUGUUGCGUUCUGAUCCCUGGAAAAUUGGAUUCGGCAAAUUUGUUUACAAGGAAGUAGGACUCCUUUGCUGUGAAGCAAAUUGGACCAACUUUCUCCAAUGUGAGUGUUUACUGGAAAAGAUUCCCAAUCUGCAGAAAAAUGCGUUAAUAAUUUACAACACCCUGAAGAAGAGGUGCUUGGAACUGGGAGAUACUUAUGCUGAACAAGACGCACUCUGUAGCGCAGUAUCUUACGACAUGCCGUAUAAUGAAGGAUGGGAUGCACUUAAGUUUUUACGAGAUAAUGAAAUUGUGAUGUUCGAAGGGCAACGUGUGGCCCUUGCAAGUCUUUACAGAUAUGAAAAUAAUAUUGCGAAAUAUAUCCAUAAACUUGUAACAAGAAGAGCUUGGACAUUAGAUAUAGAUGUGAGAGAGGCACUUGAAGGCACUUUAUCCUCCGCAGAAACUGAAGUAAAUGAAAAAACUGAUGUGAGUAACCACAGUCAAUUAGAAACAGUACCUGAUGAAAAAACAUCUGCAGACCAGAUCAAGAUGUUACAUAUUUCCAGUAGCCCAACACCUACAAAAGAUUCCAAAUCUGCCAUUUUUGACCCAGACCAAUUGAAAGCAGCAAAAAUGAUAUGUUCUAACCCAGUCACAGUCAUAAGUGGGAAAGGUGGAUGUGGGAAAACCACUGUUGUUAGCCUUGUAUUUAAACACUUGAUGAAGAAAGAGAAUGAAGAUAUAGCUGAGGCCUGCAAAGCACUUGAGGAUGACUUGGAUGCAUCUCAAGAAUGGAAUUGUGACAGCAUGCAGUCUACAGCCACAAGCGAAACGCACGCCCGUGUUUUGCUUACUGCACCUACUGGGAAAGCUGCUUCUAUUUUAAAGAAAAAAACAGGUCUUCCUGCAGCCACAUUACAUCAGAUUACCUGCAGUUAUUCUCGUUAUCGCCAGCAACAAAAUUCUACAGCUGCCUGGAAAUUCUCUAAAGUAGAAGUACUGGUUGUGGAUGAAGGAAGCUUAGUGUCUGUUCACAUUUUCAGUUCUACCCUCCAAUUACUCUGUGAUCAUGGCAGGCUGGCUAAACUAAUCAUUCUUGGUGAUGUCCGACAACUUCCUAGUAUUGAGCCUGGAAAUCUACUUGCUGACAUUUUUAAAAGGCUUGACUCCAUGCAGUGGGCUAUUGAGCUUCGAACAAAUCACAGAGCAGAAUCCCAACUUAUUGUAGACAAUGCAGCAGAAAUUUCUCAACAAAACUUUCCGCAAUUUGAUGCAGUAAUAAAUAUCUCUUCUGACUCUGAUAUUGAAAUGCCCGGUGAUGAUAAGAAAUUUAUUCUUGUUUCUCUACCAGAUGAAAGUGAACAUGUAAUUCAGAACAAAAAUGUAUUUGGUGUGCCAUGUCCCACAGAUGAGGUCCUGUCUAGGCUAGAGCUUCCAGAGGUUAAGCUACCUGAGGAACCCAAGAUCCCUAAGUUAGACAGGGUCUACGAAGACGGGAAGGUCCCACAGACUUUUCCUGUACCAGUUCGUAUGGCGAACAUUAUUAGUAAUGUAUGGAAAGAAUGUUCAUUGAUUAAUGAUCUCUGCUGCAAACAUUUUUCAGGACAUUUAACAAAAAAUCAUAAGAAUAAACUUGAUUUCCAGUGUAAAGACAAGAUCUGCUGCUCAAGGAAUGCCUACCUUAAAGACGUUUUAUUUGAUUCUGAAAAAGAUAAAUGUGAUGACGAUGAAAGACUUUGUAAUGGUGAAAUAUUUUUUAUUACAAAUGAUGUAGAGUAUGAGAGAAAACAGCGUGCACUAACGAUAAAUGAUGUAGAAGGUCGGGAAUAUACUCUGGAUUAUAGAAAACUGAGAAUAGAAUGUGAUCUGAAGCAUGCAUGGGCAAGAACCAUUCACACUUUCCAAGGAUCAGAAGAGGAUACAGUUGUUUAUGUACUGGGCAAUGCAGGCAGGCAAAAUUGGAAACAUGUAUACACUGCGAUUACACGAGGUCGCAAAAGGGUUUAUAUAGUAGCAAGUAAAAAUCAGCUGCACCAAGCUAUUGCUAAUCAAGCUCGUAAUCGAAAAACACGCUUGCAACAAUGUAUAAAAGAGAUGCUGUCACUAAAUAUAACAUGUCCAACUGCCUCCCCUCCUGCUCAAACACAUGAGUCCCAGCUUCCCUGUGAGAAAAUGAAGGAUCCUGAUAUUAAACAUGCUUUAAAUGGAGAACUGCAGCCUCAUCCUCCAAUGCCAUGUACUAGCGUGCCUGGUAGAAUUGUUGAGCCAUUGUCUCUGAACAACAUUAGUGUUUUAAAUGAUUCUGUAGUUCACGUUUUGACCCCAACAGCCGGUGUUUCUGGUGAACACAGAUAUUUUGACUUUAAUGCUAUGCAGCAAUCUCCCAACUGCAAGAGGCAAGGACUUUCACUAGGAGAUAACUGUUCCCCUUCUCCUUCCAAGAUAUCCCGGACUGCGGCUUCCAAGAAUGUGAAUAUUUCUCCAAGUGGAAUUGGUAUGCAGAAUCUGAGGAUCAAAGGUCGGCCUCCAAAGAAGCUCUUUUAGCCCAAAGAAGCUCUUUUAGUGCUACUUCACUGUAUUACACCAUGCCUGGAACAGAUUAUGGAGCUGGUUAUAUGCCUUGUCUUACUACAGUGUUUGUUUUAAGAAUCUGCUCAAGAAGACCUUUACUUCUACCCUUUGGAAUUUAAAGAACAAAAUGUUAGUGGGAAAACAAGACAACCAGAUUAUAUCCUGUUGAUAUAUAGCACUGGGAGGGUAAUUUGAAGAACAUUAACAGUCUAAUAAUGUGACUUGGAGUUUAAUUCUUCAGGUUCUGUUUUACCGUACAGCUACGGAUUUGUUUUAAAAUUGUAUCAGUGGACAGAAACAGCACCUUUUUUUUUUUUUUUACUUUAUGCUGCAGAAAACAAUUUUUUACAUCA